AUGAUGUUCACUCCCGAAUCCACCCCUUUGAGGAAUCCUGCCCCAGCUGGCACACCAGCCAACACCACUGUGACUCAAUUCCUGCCCCUGCAUGCCUAUCAGCAACCAAGUCAGCUUUCCAACCAUCAAACGAAAAGCUCUAUCAUUCCGAUCGGCACUCACCCAGCAACACCUGCCCCGGACGAACACCCAGUAGAACCACCUGAGGGGAGUCAAUCUGUCACGGAAGUCCGAUAUAUGGUUGAGUCUAUGCAAGUACGGUGCUGCCACUUGAAACGAGUUCAUGCCCGGUUUUCUGGCCGUGCACCAAAUCUCGACACAUUUCAUCAGGCAUACGUGGAUGCCCUCAAAGCCUUUGUUACAGAAGGAAUGAGGAAGCUUGAAGAGGCAGAGUUGGCUGAGCAGACACACAUCUCUGUGCCUGUAGAUGUCUCAUCAGCAAGCAAAACAUCCUGCUCGACAGAGGGCGUCUCCAGCUCUCCAGCUCAGUCUGAAUUGACAAUCCCCAAUAAUGGCUCAGACGUCCAAGCCCAGCCGCACGAUCCGCACCUGCAAGUAGCCUGCACAAGACAACCACCUGAAUUUUCUGUUGCACCUAUGGACCUCGACCAAGCCUGGCGGUUACUGAAGAACGGCACCACAACCAAUAUCAACAAACUCUGGCCGUUGGAUAUCUGUCCAAUAUCAGCUUUUCCCCUCCCCUCAGAACAAAUUACAGACCCUGUCGACCGCUUUGUGGAUCUCGACCAAACCGAACCCACAAGAAUUCAAGAAGGCACCUCAAAUAGCUCAAUUGUGACCAUUCGACGUUCAACUCCGGUCGACUCAACUUCCAUUCUCCUACUUGGAGGGCCUCAACUCAAGCGAACUCUAAGCUGUCAGACUCUAGUGUCCACAGAAGCAGUUCUUGGCAGAUCAGUCAAGCGGAUCAAGUCUUUUGAUCAUGGAACUCAGCAUCUCAUUGAAUCUAGACGCCCAUCAGAAGACACACGCGCUCAAGCCAAUCUCUCUCAACAUGAGACCCAUCCGCAAACCAAGUCUCACCUGAAUGAGAAAGCUGCUAGCCUAGAACCAUCUGAUAUGGAAUGCUCAGACGAUGAGGCGAAUCCUCAGGAAAGUGCGGCCGAUAGUCAAGCGUCCAGUCAUUCAUCUGAUCUAGUUGUUCGCCCUAAGAAUCCGGUUACCACCAAGAAUCAUCACCAGUCGCCAAAAUCCGCCCUGCCACUCGAUGACCUUCCAACCACUGAACAAGCAAAAAGCGCCCCACUUGGGUCCAAAUCGACUAGUAUCAGCACAUCAAGCCCAGCCACUAGUGGUGACCCGUCAGACGAUUCAGCAGCUCCCCGAACCGACAAGACUCUUGAGUUGCCAUCCGACUCUCCGGCCGUCCAACAUCGUACCUCUCAGCCCCCUCCUUCCACCAAUGUGCCUCCAAAGCAGGCCACAACUGAUCGCGAAAGGGUUGAAGAGACCCUUGAGUUGUCCUCCAACGUGUCGGCCGUCCAACAUCGUACCUCUCAGCCCCCUCCUUCCACCAAUGUGCCUCCAAAGCAGGCCACAACUGAUUGCGAAAGGGUUGAAGAGACCCUUGAGUUGUCCUCCAACGUGUCGGCCGUCCAAGAUCGUACUUCUCAGCCCCCUCCUUCCACCAAUGUGCCUCCAAAGCAGGCGACGACAGCUACUGACCAACAAAGUCAAGAAAAAUCUGCUAAUCCAGGCACAUCUGGUGCUGAUUUCGCAACUCAGCAAACUGAUGAGACCCCCGAUCUUCCGGACAACUCUUCUGAGACCACAACAGUCUCCACUUCUCCAAAGGAUCUCAGUGCAUCAUUACCAGCCUCAAGACCUGAUGUCGAAUUAUUGAAAUCGGCCAACAUUGGCACAUCCGGUGCUGAUUCGGCUACUCAGAGAGCUGACGAUACCCUCGACCUGCCCCUCAACCCCUCGGGGGCCACAACAGUCACCAAUGCUCAAAACGCUUCCAGUGAUGAGACCCCCGAUCUCCCCAACAGCGCGUCCGAGGCCACAACAGUCUCCGAUUCUUCAAAGGCUUUCAGUGCACCAUUACCCGCCCCAAGACCUGACGUCGAAUUAUCAAAAUCAGCCAACGGUGGCUUAUCCGGUGCGGGUUCCGCAACUCAGAGAGCUGAUGAGACCCUCAACCCCUCGGAGGCCACAACAGCCACCAAUUCUCAAAGUGCUUCCAAGGCACCCGGCACAUCCGGUGCUGAUGAGACCCUCGACCUGCCCCCCAACCCCUCGGGGGCCACACCAGCCAACUCGUCAGAGGCCACAACAGCCAACAAAUCCCAAAAUGCUUCGAGUGCCUCAUCACAAACUCAAAGGACUGAAUUGCCACAGGAGAGCUCUCGCACCACGUCCAACCACACCACUGCAUCUAAAGAGCAACCUGGAAGCACAGAUGAACGGUCAACCACUCCAGCUUCAGAGCCCCCUCACGAUAUCGAUCACAACGCAGAUCAAGAGCCUCCACCGCCAUAUGAAGACCUUCCAUCUCAUAGCCGCACCCCUCGCAAAGCUGCCAUUGACUCAAGGAAACGAAACUCUGGCGCAUCCGCUGGGCCGUCUUCGUCCAAGCCCCGAAAGCGCAAAAAAACAUCAAAGACAGAUGAAAACCCGCCAGAAGGUACUGAUUCGGAGGCUGAGUCCAACUUUGAGAUAUUGGAGGGCCCAAUAAAUUUAACCCGGUUGAUACGGCCCACAUCAUUGAAGAACGGAUCUGACUUGAAAGAGAUUCUUGAAGACAUCAAGAGCAAUGGGACUGAUGCUGCCGUGCACAUGUUUGCCAUGUUUGGGGACAUUAUCGACGUCAAUCGCCUCCACCGUCGCUUGAAACCAGGAACACAUCUGACAGCCAGUCUUGCAACACCCCAAGACACAAACUUGCCAUCCGUACUCGCCACGUCCUCUCAACUUUGGUCAGAACAUGCUCCAGACAUUCACAAGAGGAGUUUUCUGGAUAUCAUCGACUCCUGCCCACGCUUGUUUCAGCUGCCAUGGCCGCAUCCUUUCUUCAACACCAAACAUGUUCGAAUGCAUGUACUCACACUGGGCGUUGACGAAAUUCUAGGUGAAACACGCGCGGGAGGAUGGGCUGCACUUAAUCAGAUGAUGUGCCGAUCUACUGAAAAAGGCCAUCAUCACCAGUGGGACUUCAAAAAAACGGUAUCAGAAGGUUCACGCCGGGUGCACCAGCUCGUCAUGGACUCAGCCAAACUUCUCAAACCGUCUGAGGGAGAGUUACCAGAGGCCACCGUGCGCGAUUCAGCCCAAGAAGUCGAAACUGGCUCCUUACGACGUGUUGGAGUAUGGCUAUCCGACCGAGUGACUGCACUUGAUGCUGCCGAUCCCAAAGAACAGUCGCACACGGCACACAUCGAAGGUCUCAAUUUUGUGGUCAAAAGGGCUUGGGAGAUGCUCCAUGGGGCCUCCAUUCUAUAUGAUGCAAUUGAGACCUACAAGCGCAAGCAGAAAGAGAAGGGGAAAUCGCCCAAAAACAAGAAAAACACGCCGAACCCGCCCAAAAACACGUCGAAAUCGCGCACAAACGUCUCCAAGAACCCUGACUCGAAAAAGGCAAAAGACCAGUUGCAUGCCAAAAAACUCAAGAGUUGCUCAUCUCUGAUUCUCUUUCUUAACUUUGGGGUUGCCGGUUGGUUUCACUGCCACAUGAAUCAUUGGAAAUUCAACUUACGCGACCUUACCAGCCUCAUGGGGCUGUGUGACGAGAUGGCAUCCAACAAAGUCACCAUCAACACCCCUCUCACCAAGAUCGAUGGCAGCACCCGUCAAGAGACCAAAGAACCCAUUCACCGAGCUUGGGAACGAUUAAACGAUUACCUGCUGGAUCUCUUGGUCGAGACUGACAUGGGCAGUGAAAAAGUUGACUGGUGUGAUGCAGCACAAUUCUGGUCCGCACAUCUGAAGGCCGAAGCACUUGCACCCCUGGUGAUCAAGGAUCUCUUUGACGAAAUCUCGAAACCUGGGGAUACACUUUCUUCGACAGGUGGUCCAGCCCCCACACCUCAGUUCAACCGACCCUACUUCACAGAGUGGCAAAGUAGGGUCAAGAACUUAUUUAUCCCAAAGGAACUUCACAAGCGACUCGAACUCCAAAGGAUGAAAAAGCUUGGAGUGGUUCAACCGGAUCGAUACGCUGAAGAUGCAAGUGAUGAAGAGAUGGAAGACGAAGAUGAAGAGAUGGAGGACGAAGAUGAAGAUGAGUCAGGACCGGGUGAGAACUAUAGAUUAGAUGAAGGAGAUGAAGAUGAAGAGGAGGAAGAUGAAGAAGAUGAGGAUGACCCAAUGGUAUAUCCCUAA